AUGCUGUCUCACUGUGCCUUCCUUCUAGCGCUAGGCGUGCUUGGUAUGACAUCACUCAGUCCAGGCGACUCACCCAGUCUCGUCUCACCCAGUACACCUUCAUCCAGUGUUAGGACCUCAAACAUUACAGCUGAUGACCUCCAGCCAGUACCGUUCGCCUACAGAACAGUUGAGGGCGAACUCGUCACCUACCUGUGCUACGACGGCUACAUCCACAUCUCUGGCAACCUCACAGUGACACUGGACUCCACUUUGGAUGAAGUGCAGCUACCUGUUUGCUCAGUUGAGAAUCUGCAGGAACCUGUGACAGUCAUCAAGGACAAGAAUGGAACAUGUGAUGCAUUCGGGGUCAUCAACGUCUCUCUUGGAAACGGGAAUUGGGAGAUUCAUAAGUUAUCUUUCACGAUAACGAGCGGAGCUUGGGCCCGGGAGGCCCGGUAG